GGCUGCCACGCGCCCUCGCCGCCGCGCACCCCCGAUGCUCCGCGGCUCCCUCAGCCCUCGGAGCGAGCCGCCCCGCGGCCAGGAUGUCUCACGGGGGUGCCUCCGCCGCGGGGAGCAUUUUGCAGAGGAGCUCCUCUUCCGAGGGGACGCAACAGGGUCACGAAGAUGAUGAAAGAAAAGUAAGACGGCGAGAGAAGAACAGAGUUGCUGCCCAGAGAAGCAGAAAAAAACAAACACAAAAAGCAGAUAAACUUCAUGAGGAAUACGAGUGCCUUGAGCAAGAGAAUACCUCCCUGAAGAGAGAAAUCGGAAAGCUGACAGACGAAAUGAGGCACUUGAACGAAGUGCUGAAGAACCAUGAAAAAGUCUGCCCGCUGCUGCACUGCUCGCUGAGCUUUGGCUUGAUUCCCAGACACGAUGCCCUCAGUGGUCCUUUGCCAAGGUGAGGCCUCUUCUGGCCAGGCCUAAAGUGCGACUGCGGUGAGAGCGCUGUCAAGAUCAAACUGCUUUCUUUCCCACGUGCUGCACCAAGGCAACCACCUGGGAGCAGCAUGGAUUUAGCACACAUGCGCCAAUCAUCGUGAUGGUGGCUGAGUGAACGAGCUCCAGCCGCCUGGGAGAACUGCAGCUACGCACACGGUUCCUUGGGUUUCCCUCCACUCUGUGUUCUGCGCCUGCAAGGCAUUCAAAUCCUGGCAAAGUACAGAAGUGACAAUACAAAGAAUGUCUAGUUUAUUUUUAACAGUGCAACCAUCUAGUCAUCGUUGGUAUUGGAAAUGAGUUACUAAGAAACAGGGAAAGAGAAGAGACUAUAACAAGACUGGAACCAAAAGGGAAAGUGAACAUGGCAACCCGUGGUCAAGGACCAGGACUUUUGUGCCCAUCCCAGCACCCUGAUUUCUUGUUGCCCAUCUUGGGCUUCUCCACUUCCCAACAUAGCAAAACUAGAAGGGUGGCCGUGUUCAUCUCUUGCAGCAAACACCUUAAAGACUGCCAUAUUUAUAAUGGCUUAAACUUUUAUGGACUCCAGCCCACUUCAGAUGCAUGAAGUAUUAUCCUCGGUUGGGCAGGUAACACGUCAGCAAAGGGGCAACUUAGGCCAUCAUAAAUUUGUCAGCCUUUAAGGCAGAGCUGCGGAACCUUAAGCUUGGGGCCAAAUUUGGCCCACCAGGGGCCACAAUCUGGCCCACCAGGGUUCCCCAGGUGGUCACUUCCGCUUUCCUCCAAGCACCAACCACUUGGUGGAUUCCUGGACUUUGUGCUGUUCCCCCCUUUCUACUGUGCAGUAAAGGGUGGGGAAGCCGAACUUCCCCCACCACAGCCCUCUCCACUUUUCAAAUCAAAUUUGAAGGUUGCUCCAAUGGCAUCCAAUCCAACCCCCUGCCAAUGCUGGGCCACAUCCCUCCCAACAGAGUGGUCCUCCUAUCAUUACACCUCUAAUCGACCCUCCACUCUCAGAGUGGUCUGUUUUGCAGCUUGUACCAUUGUAGUGCUUUCCCUAAUACGUCUGUAUAUGUCCGGAUGAAGCCUGGGCCUCCCAGUGCAGCAGGGGGCAGGAGCUGCAUCUCCUGCUGGGUGCCAGCACCUGUGUUCAUGGCUGUGGAUCAGGUGUGCAGCAAAGCAGACGCGAGGGUAGAAAACAAGGCAGCAGCUCCUGGGAAGAGCUACAGCUGCCUCCAGUCCUGCCCCUUGGCCAUUUGACAAGGUCGGUGUAACCUGGAUCACGCUGCAGCAAGCAAGGUGUGUACUGAGCUAUACAUUCAGUGGCAUGCGCCACAUUUCCCUGAAGCGAGUGGAAUACCAUCCAGCCAUUUAGAAAGAUCUCUGGGGGGAAGCAUAGCUGAUGUCCAAGAGGAGGUCUCCACCACUGCCUCCAUGAUGCAGCCCCUCUGCCUGCCCCAGCCUCCAAAGCCUCUCCUGGCAGCCACAGGAGGCGAAGAAUAGAAGCGUGACCCACGAUGUGGGCAACAGCUGAACUGCAGCUGAGGGAGCAGAGGCCUGGAAAGCUGGCUGGAGCAGCUGUGACAAUUCAGCUCCCAUUCACAUAAGUUGCCUCCAGUUCGUUGGUUUUGAGCUUUCCUUCCUCCUGGGAAUCCUCAUGUCCCCAGCCUUCCCUAGGGAAUCUCCACCCCACAGGAGAAAACUUGAUGACAUGUAGGGGGCAGUGGAUAGAAAUGUGUAGAAAAUGGAAGAAUUGUACCCCCGCCCCCCCGCCAUUUUUCUGGGCUUUUCCCCCAAACAUUUUCCAAAGCCUUCCCAUUCUGAUAUGACAUUGUAUCUCCGACCUCAGUCUUUUCAUGAUGCUCUCUAAAGUAUGACAGCCUCAGUUUUGCCGUUUUUGCUUCCAGGGGAAGUUCUGGCUGGAUUUGCUCUAGGACCCCCCUGUUUGUCUUUCUGUCAAUCCAGUGUAUUCACAAGGUUCUUCUCCAGCACCAUGUUUCAAAUGCAUCAGUUUUCUUCACUGUUCAGCUGUCACACUGAUAAUGGAGAUCAGGAUGAUCUUGUCCUUGAUAUCCAGUGAAACUUCCUUACACUGUAUGAGCUUUCCUAGUUCCUUCACUGCCACCCUUCCAAUUCUGUCUUCUUCAAAUGUCUUGCCUGCACUUGAAGCCUUCAUUCAGCAUGUAUUCUCUAGAAUACAUGUAUUUUCCUUUCUGUUUGCACUGCUUUUUAGUUAUCUUUAUGAGCUCUGCCUUGGCUCUACACUAUUUUGGAUGGCAAGUUUCAAUUUUGUUAUGGAACAACGCCAGUGUCUAAAACGAAUAAUGCUUGCAGUUGAAUUACUGCAGUAUUUGCAUGUAAGGUCUGUUUUGUUUUCAUCAAUGAGGGCUGGUUUGCAUUUGAAUGAAUGAUGGAAUCUAUUCUUUCUGUGUGACAUUUAAAGCGGGGUAGGCAGACAGUCUUAUGGGAUCUGCUUUUUUAGUAGAACCCCAGGAUCCACCAACCGAAGUCUGGCACAAAAGCCAUACAUUUAGAAUUUAAGCAUUUCAAAAGGUAGAGUUUUAGGGUUUUCUGUAUGAGAAUAAUCCAGAACUUCACCACAUUUAAAGCGGGGUAGGCAGACAGUCUUAUGGGAUCUGCUUUUUUAGUAGAACCCCAGGAUCCACCAACCGAAGUCUGGCACAAAAGCCAUACAUUUAGAAUUUAAGCAUUUCAAAAGGUAGAGUUUUAGGGUUUUCUGUAUGAGAAUAAUCCAGAACUUCACCACAGUUUCUGCUUUCAGAUUCUUUGUGAGAUAAAGAUUGGCUCCUUCAUACGUUUGCCCCCCCUAGGGUUUUUCUUUCUCUUUUUUUCUAGCCAUUCAAUAAUAUAGCCACUAGGGGGUGCUGUGGUAUAGCAAAAUUGCACAAUGACACUAGGGUUUCAGUCAGCUAUUUUUAGGUAAUGUCAGAUUUUCUUUAAAAAAAAAUAAAUGGUUGCAAAGAACA